UGUAAGUCGGACUACUGUCCUGUUUGCACCUCUGCCCCCUGACCCCUCUCAUUAUUAUUUUAAUAUUAAUUUAAAUAAAAAAAAUUAAAUAAAUAUCAAAAGAGAGUGAUUGAAGUGAGUGAGAUUGUUUGGGCUCAAUUUCAUCACCGACGCCCCCUUCUAUAGACUCACCUCACAUCGUCUGUAGUUGUUUGGUUUGGUUAGUUUGGUUGGUUGGGGUGAUUUGGGAUUCAAUUGAUUUUGGGUUUUAAGGGUUCUUCUUCUUCCUUGUUUGUCUUCAUUGUCUGUCGGCCGUCGCCGUUGGAUUUCUAUCUAUCUUUCUCUCUCUUCUUCUUCGGAUGAUCAUGGCUUCUGGGAGAUAUAUGGCGUAUUCACCGUCACCUUCAACAACCCCUCACUCACCCCACAUCUCUGGUCUUCGUUCUGCCUCCUCCGCUCUCGGUGAACCAGAGAAAUAUCUCUCUGAGUUGUUGGCUGAGCGUCAAAAGAUUGGUCCUUUUCUGCCCGUUCUCCCUAAUUGCUAUCGUUUGUUAAAUCAGGAAAUAUUGCGUGUAACUUCACUGUUGGGGAAUGCUUCAAUUUUAGAUCAAACUGCGCUUGAACAUGCUAGGUCUCUGCCAUCUGGAGGAAUAUACUCAAAUGGAGGAGCAGAUAUGAAUGGAUGGGCAUCACCUUUCCAAUCAGAAAUGUCUGGUCUUUUACACCAGUCUCCAGCUCAGAACUGGCUUGGUUCUCAUGGUAACUCAUCAGGCCUUAUCGUGAAGAGGACUAUCAGGGUGGAUAUUCCUGUUGACAACUAUCCCAAUCAGUACAACUUUGUCGGUCGUCUCCUUGGCCCCAGGGGAAACUCAUUAAAGCGAGUUGAAGCUUCUACUGACUGCCGUGUUCUUAUCAGAGGACGUGGCAGCAUUAAGGAUCCGACGAAGGAGGAUAUGAUGCGGGGAAAACCAGGGUAUGAACAUCUCAAUGAACCCCUUCACAUACUUGUAGAGGCAGAAAUGCCUGUUGAAGUAAUUGAUACCCGCCUGAUGCAAGCACGUGACAUACUCGAGGAUCUUCUCAAGCCUGUGGAUGAGUCGCAGGAUUACUUCAAAAAACAGCAGCUACGAGAGCUAGCUAUGCUCAACGGUACACUUCGCGAAGAUGGUUCUCACAUGUCUGGUUCGGUAUCUCCCUUUCACAACAGCUUGGGGAUGAAGAGGGCCAAGACUCGGGGGUGAUACAUUUACGGGAUUCUGGAGGAAAUAUUAGCUACGAAAGGGUAAAACCGGAAAAUACCCAGGCUACUACUGGUACUGAUGAUGUAUCAUCAGCCACAGUGCUUCUGAAGUCCCAACUGCCAUCGGGGCACUGGCGCAAUUAGUGCACCAGUUCUAUUUUUUAUUUUAAUGGUAAAAGUCAAGCAUGUUUAAGCAUCUAGUCUGGGUUGGUUGAGGUGGUAAUAGCUUAUAUUCCUGAAAAAUGACCAGUUGUGUUCAGAUGGCUUGCGUUUGUAUGCUUCUUUAGGCUAAGUUAGAAACCUGAUUUUCAGUCUUGUAUUAUAUGAGAUUGUCAAGUUUUGGUAGGGUGAUUGUAGCUGUUAUUAUUAAUAUUAUAUGGUGUGCUUUUGUUGGAGAACAGAAGUGCUACCCAUAUAGAUGGGUUUGAAUGUCUUUUAGAAGUUGUAGAACUUGAAUGGAUUGAUUGAUUUGUGCCA